CUUUUUAUGUCGGGCAAUUUCUACACCUUGGAGUGUCCUUUGCGCUUGCCCGCUGAUUCUGCAGAGUCCACUUUGCCGGCACCUGUUCCUCUACGUUCAUGUGUGCUGAACCCUUGGGAGCGAUUACACCUCAACAUUUCUAUGCUCUACGCAGGGCAUAACGGCAUUUUGCUCUGGCUGUGGCCUGUUGUUCAAGGCAACAAUGGAGCUACUUCGAUAGCGCUCCUAGCAGAAGUACGGCCUCUUAGCGACGUAGCUGACAGAUGCUUAAUUUUGCGGCUGCGGAACUGUCCAAGAGUCUCGAAAGCCACCAUUUCUCGCCCUUCCGCCAUCUCCUGCCGAUUACAUGCAUGUUCAGAGUCAUUGACAGGUUUCGCAUCCGAGGCUGUCGUUGCUUGUUGCGCGAGACGUCUCAGACGUGUGCUUGUUUCGGCCUUCAGUCUGAAGACCGAGUCGAGGAACGCAUUGGCAAGUCGAGCCGCACUGCGCGCAACAUCAUCAGAUCACAAUAGCGAAAGGCUUCUACUACCUUCUCAUAUCUGUUGUGGUUCUAUCGUCAUGCGCAGUGGCAUUAAAUAUUCCUUGGUUGUUUGCUUGCUAAUUUACGAAACCAACAAGAGCUCCCAUGGCUUUAUGCUUACACUCCACCGUGGUGCAAACUUGGAGGCCAAUACUGACGGCGACAUAGAUCUACAGUACAGUAAAUCUCGGUCUGAGUCAGCACAGAGCAUCACCGUUGCCAAGGGUGACAGUGGAGGCUUCACGCGAUACCCGUUUCAAGAUCACCAAGCAGGGGCGUGAUGGAAUAUGCACUCCAAGUCGAGUGUGAC